AUGAGCCGCAUCGGCCACCUCAUCCUCUUCAGCUUCGUCUACGCCAUCUACAGGCUCAUCACGCACGAGUGGGUGCCCCAGGUGGACGUCGAGCUCACGAAGGAGGAGAAGGCGGGCUUGCCCGGCAAGCGCUGGAAGCCCGGCACGCCGUUUCCCAAGGAUUUCAUCCCGUGCUACGAUCCCGGCACGCUCGAGAUGCUCGGCCCCGACAUGCCCGCGGACACCGCCGAUCAGGUGCGGGUCAAGAUCGAGCGCGCGCGUAUCGCGCAGAAGAAGUGGGCCAAGUCCUCGUUCAAGCAGCGCCGCCUGCUCAUCAAGACCAUCCAGAGGUUCGUCCUCGAGAAUCAGGACACCAUCUGCAAGGUCUCCGCGAGGGACUCCGGCAAGCCCCUCGUCGACGCCGCGUUCGGCGAGGUCAUCGUGACGCUCGAGAAGUGCAAGUGGCUGAUCAAAGAGGGCGAGAAGUGGCUCAAGCCCGAGAAACGGUCCUCCGGUCUCAUGAUGUUCUACAAGAACGCCCGCGUCGAGUACCACCCAGUCGGCGUCAUGGGCGCGAUCGUCCCUUGGAACUAUCCCUUCCACAACGUGUUCAAUCCGCUGCUCGCCAACGUUUUCGCGGGUAACGCCCUGGUCGUGAAGGUCUCGGAGUACGCCUCGUGGUCCUCGCUCUACUACGGUCGCGCCAUCAAGGCGUGCCUCGCGGCCGUGGGCGCGCCGGAAGAUCUGGUGCAGAUCGUCCACGGCUACGGCGAGGCGGGCAACGCUCUCGUCACCGGCGGCACGGACAAGGUUGUCUUUGUCGGGUCCACGGGCGUCGGUCGCGCGGUGAUGAAGGCGGCGGCGGAUACCCUCACCCCCGUGGUCCUCGAGCUCGGCGGCAAGGACCCGUUCAUCGUCCUCGAGGACGCCAGCCUCUCGCAGUGCGUCCCGAUGGCGCUCAGAGGCGCGUUUCAAUCGUGCGGCCAGAACUGCGCUGGCGCCGAGCGGUUUUACGUUCACGAGAAGAUCCACGACGAGUUCGUGAAACGGGUGAUGAAGGCGGCGAAUCAGCUCAGGCAGGGUUGGGCCCUAUCUCCGGGCGUGGAUUGCGGCGCGAUGUGCAUGCCCAACCAGGCUGCGUACGUGCAGAGCCUCGUCGACGACGCCGUCGCCAAGGGCGCGGUGGUGGAGUGCGGCGGCGCCAUCGAUAAGGACGCCCCGGGUCAGUUCUACCCCCCCACCGUGCUCACGAACGUGACACACGCGAUGAAGAUCAUGAAGGAGGAGGUGUUCGGGCCCGUGCUCUCGAUCGUCAAGAUUCGUUCAGACGACGAGGCGGUGGCGCUCGCGAACGAGUGCGACUUUGGCCUCGGCUCCAACGUCUUCGGCAGCAGGCGCCGAGCGCUCAAGGUGGGCGCCCAGCUCAACGCGGGCAUGACCACCAUCAACGAUUUCUGCGCCACGUACAUGGCGCAGUCGCUCCCGUUCGGCGGCGUCAAGGAGAGCGGGUUCGAUCGCUUCGCGGGCAUCGAGGGCCUCCGCGGGUGCUGCAACGUCAAGUCCGUCGUGGUUGACGGCAUCCCCGGGAUUCGCACGGACAUUCCCCCGCCGCUGCAGUACCCCGUGCAGCACUGCGCGUUCCCGUUCUGCAAGGCGCUGUGCCACAUGUUCUUCGGGCUGAACAUUCUGGAGAACGCGCGGGGUCUGUUCAUGCUCGUGUCGGCGAUGAUGAUUCCCACGCCGAAGGUGCUCCUGAAGGGUGGAAAGACGGAUUGA